AUGAAGGACUGCUCGUCUUCUGCCUUGGUCCCGUCUAUACAUGCGCCCGAUAGCGGCGUCCAACAAUACCACAAUACCACCACCAUGUCAACACUGUCUUCUGAGGGCAUUCAAGCUGUGCUUGAGGGGGUGGGAGUACACAAACCGGUCCCUUCGUUUGCAGGCGCUGAUAUAGAGGCCACCCCGGGCGAUAUAUACGUCUCAUAUCUUGCAGCAACGUUAUGCGAACUUACGGGAUGCGCGCCUACUUGCGCUUACGACUCCAUCCAGUGGGCGACCGACGUUGGCGACCUUGUGGUGGUCCUCCCCCGACUGCGGAUUCCGGACGCUGACCUCAAAGUACUGUCUGAUCAGCUCCAGUUCAAUUUCCCGGAGACGCCGCUGUAUGACCCUCCAUUCGCGGACGGGAUCAACCUGCGACUCUUCGUUCACAGGUUUACACUGGCUCGACUUAUUUUGCCUUACAUCAUCGACCGCGGCUCUGCUUAUGGAAAACAUACGGCAGAUGGACUUCGUGAUGCCAAUUCCCCGGACACGGGACGUAAGAAAGUGGUGGUUGAAUUUUCCUCACCCAACCUUGGCCAGGAGUUCGACGGGAACCACCUGCGGAGCACCAUCAUCGGGACCUACAUUGCAUCCAUGUACGAAAGUAUGGGGUGGGAUGUGUAUAGGAUGAACUUCCUCGGCGACUGGGGUAAAAAUAUCGGCCUCUUGGCCGCAGGAUGGUCGAGAUUUGGGUCAGAAGAGCUCUUCACCGCUGACCCACUAAGGCAUCUGCUCGAUAUCUACACGAAGAUCAAAGAGCUUUUCACAACCGUACAGCAGGCGGCGAAGGUCGAGGGCGCAGAAAAGCAGCCGACCCCUAUCAGCGAGGAAAGAGAUGCAUUUUUCAAGAAGAUGGAAGACGGGGAUCCCGAUGCGGUGGCUUUGUGGAGACGGUUCAGGGAGGUUUGUGUUGCAAAAUAUGCCGAGGUCUACGCGCGCUUACACGUCGAUUUCGACGAGUAUUCCGGCGAGUCGGCAGUCCGCCAUGAGACAACAGUCGAAGUCGAGAAGGCGCUAAAAGAGUGUGGCGUGGAGGAAGAUGGCGACGAAGCUUGGAUCAUCAACUUCAAGGGCCACGGACACAAAGGGCUCGGCACCCCGAUAGCGCGGCACCAUGACGGCACAACAAGCUAUCUGCUAAGAGACAUUGCUGCCGUGCUAGAAAGAAGCCGGAAACACUCGUUCGACAAGAUGAUUUACGUUGUCUCGGCCAAACAAGACUCCCACUUCCAGCAGGUCUUUAAGGCAUUGGACCUUAUGGGUCAGGCCGACCUUGCUGCACGGCUCCAGCAUGUUAACUUUGGAAAGUCGCAAGGGCUGUGUCCCAAACCCGGUGCCAGUGGCCUUUUAUUAGACGAUAUCCUGAAUCAAUGCCAGACUGCAGUAUUGGAAUUCAUGCAGUCCCACGCAGACGACUUUGCCGGCGUGCCACCUGAGGACCGUCCAAAAGUAGCAGAUGGGCUCGGUUUGACGGCGCUGCAGACCGGUGAACUGCUUAGCAAACGCUCCGGGAGCUUCGUGUUUGACCUAUCCAAUAUGGUCCAGCAGGAUGGAUACACUGGGCUGAGCCUACAAUACUGGCUGGAUCGAGCCAGAUCGGAGGUUAAAGGCCCCGAUCUGGAUCGAUCCCGCCUUAUGUCGGCAGACUACACGAUAUUUGAGGAAGACGCUUACAUACCUGUGAUUGAUGUCCUGCGGGUGCUUGUGCAAUGGCCGGGGAUUGUCAAGACCUCGUUCCGCACAUUGGAGUCUUCUGUCGUUUUGACUUACCUAUUUCGUUUGGUCGAUCUUCUGCCUGCGGCGUGGGAAGUCUUCGAUCCAUCACAGCAGGGAAAAGAGGAUGAGGACGGCGAAAAUGAUGAGCAAGUGGAUGGACUCGGUGUGACUGUUGACCGGACCGAAUGGGGGUCCAAUAAGGGAGAGUCUUCGUCCGACGCCAAGCCAAUGCAAACGUGGACGAACAAUUUGCGAGCACCAAGAAGUCAGGGAGACGCCAAAGAAAACGACCCCAAACUCGAUGGAUUCAUGACAAAAGAGUACAGAAAUGACGCCCAUGACAGUCGGGACGAGGCUGAGUCAACUGCACUUGAUGGACAGCUUCAACAAGAAGCAGAGAACCACACCCUUGCAGAUUCCGACCACCAUGCUGGAGCGAUUGGGGAGGCCGAACAGGGUCCCAUGGACGAAAAUCACGGCAACGUAGACGACGACGACGACGACGAUGACGACGACAACAACUUGGAGGGCACUGGAAAGGACAAAGGGAAAGCGAAAGCGCCCGAGGACGCUGAUGAGAACUCCUCCUCCUCCUCCUCCUCCUCCUCUACCACGAACGCGGAUAUACUGAAGCUGGCCUUCUUCCAAUGUGUCGGGCAGGUUCUGGAGAAUGGGAUGCGAAUCGUGGGCCUGGUGCCUGUCCCUGCCUGA